CCAAAACAUUCAUCCCACCCUGUUGAUCUGGCGAAACGCGCGCCAUGCUGUCCAAACUGGCGAAGCUUGGUGGGCCAUUGGACUGUUCGACGCGGCUCAAGCCCAUCACCCAGCUAAGUCCGCUGGUCACUGGAGCGGCCAGACCCUCCUCCCUGCUAAAUCGAGCCGGUCGACCUCUUGGUCGACGACUCUGUUCAAGUCAAGGGAACCAGAAGCCUCCUAAGGGCUUCAAGAAGUAUUACGAAAAAGAGCCCACCCAGACUCAGAGCAGAGGAGGCAAGGAGGCGGAAGCGAAGGAGGCGAAGCCUUCGUCCAAGUCAGGCUCCCAGAAGGGGAAGAACGGGAAGGAACCGAAGCCUCCGGAGGGCAGCCCCCAAAGACAGCAGGUCCGACUCCUGCUCCUGACAACUGCUGGCGUGCUGACUGCCAUGGUUGUGGGCCAAGAGAAGAAACCUGAAGGCGAAGAAAUCACCCUCCAGGAGUUGCUGAGAGAUUAUUUGACCAAGGGCUCAGUGGACAAGAUCCAAAUUGUCAACAAGAGCUUUUGCCGCGUCCAUCUGCGAUCCGACACCACCGUCACCGAGUCGUCGGAAGUUCCGUCCGCUGGAAGUGCUGCGAGGACGUUGAUCAUUCAGUUGGGCAGCCCAGAGACCUUUGAAGCCAAGCUGGAACAGGCUCAACAUGACUUGGGAAUCCCAACGGUGGACUAUGUGCCUGUUCAGUACAUAGAGGAGUCGGAUUGGCGCUCCGACAUUCUGCCUCAUUUGCCCACUGCACUCUUCGUGGUUUUACUCUUCAUGGGCUUAAGCUCCAUGGCCAGCAUGGGCGCCAGUGGCAUGCCGGGCGGUCCGGGUGCAGGCCCAGGGGGGCGGAACAUCUUCAGCAUCGGCAAGGCCUUCCCACAGGGGGCCAAGGACCUGAAGUCCAAGGUGAAGUUCCCUGACGUCGCCGGGUUGGACCAGGCCAAGUCGGAAGUGAUGGAGUUUGUAGACUUCCUGCAGAGCCCCACCAAGUACCAGCAGCUAGGAGCUCGAGUUCCUCGGGGUGGACUUCUUGUUGGUCCACCCGGGACCGGGAAGACCUUGUUGGCCAAGGCAGUUGCUGGUGAGGCAGACGUGCCCUUCUUCUCCAUGAGCGGCUCGGACUUUAUUGAGAUGUUCGUGGGUGUGGGACCCUCGCGUGUCCGUGACCUCUUUCAGCAGGCUCGUGCACAAUCGCCAUCGAUUGUGUUUAUUGAUGAGAUUGAUGCAGUGGGCCGACGGCGUGGGAAAGGCGGCUUUGGAGGUGGCGGCAAUGAUGAGCGAGAGAAUACUCUCAAUCAGCUCCUGGUAGAAAUGGAUGGCUUUUCGUCAGGCACCGGUGUAGUGGUCCUCGCGGGCACCAAUCGCGUGGACAUCCUGGACCCCGCGCUGACGCGUCCGGGGCGCUUCGAUCGGCAAAUUGCCAUUGAGAAGCCCGACCUGGCGGAAAGAGAGCAGAUCUUUAUGGUUCACCUGAAACCCAUCAACCUACAAGAAGGCCUAGCAGUUGAAGAUGUGGCGAAGAGGAUGGCAUCUCUCACACCGGGCUUUGUUGGUGCAGACAUUGCCAACGUUUGCAAUGAAGCAGCCAUUUUCGCGGCAAGGCGAACGGCUGAGCAUGUCGAGAUGCAAGACUUCGAGCAAGCCACGGAGCGAGUCCUGGGAGGUUUGCCGAAGCAGAACGGCCUCAUGAGCCCUGCGGAGAAGAAGACGGUGGCCCUGCACGAGUCAGGUCAUGCGGUGGCAGGCUGGUUCCUGGAACAUGCAGAUCCUCUACUGAAAGUCUCCAUUGUUCCUCGGAGCAGUGGAGCGUUGGGCUUUGCUCAGUAUCUACCGCAAGAGAUGAGCCUUUUCUCCAAAGAGGCCAUCCUCGACAAGAUCGCUGUGGCGCUGGGGGGUCGCGCGGCGGAGGACCUCUUUGUGAAACGCAUCACCACUGGGGCGUCGGACGACUUGGACAAGGUGACAAAAAUGGCGUACUCCAUGGUAGCUGUCUAUGGAAUGAACGCUGAGCUUGGUUUGGUGUCCUAUGGCCAGAAUAAUGCGAGUGAACAGUUCUACAAGCCAUACAGUGAAGAGACCGGACGCAAGAUCGACGAGCAGACCAAAGGUAUUGUGGAAGAGCAAUACAGUCGGGUCAAGGCACUGUUGGCAGAGCAGGGGGAGAAGCUGCAAGCUUUGGCAGAGAGGCUCGCUGAGAAAGAGACUUUGGUCUAUCAUGAUCUCGUGGAGGUCUUGGGCGAGCGUCCCCAUCCGAUCAAAGCUGAGCUGUCCAAGUUCGUGACGGCAGGUGCCAACCCUUUCACAGUGCAAACGGCGACGGAAGUGUCGGAAGAAACGUCCGAAAGCGCUGAGAGCAAGGAGGAGUGAGGAGGAGUCAGGCUUCUCAGCACUGCUGAAGCAGACUGCGAGAUAGAGCCGCUGACUCUGACCGAGAGACCACAGAGAGACCUCAGACCCAGGCGAGCUGCCAGAUGUUCUGUUUUCCCAGAGCCCUAGAGGCCCAUCCAAUGGCCAUAGUGCUGAUUGAGGCUCCUCUUGUGAGACAGCCUGAAAGACUGGCUUGCCGGCCCCCCCCAGAACCCCAUCUUGGC